AAAUAUGCAGAGCUGCCCUUGACUCUGCCAUCAAUCGCAUCGCUGCUUCUUCUACACCCCAACCUGUCACUCUUACCAACCGACAUCGAUCAUUUCUUCCCGCCAACUGACGCAUUUUCACUCUCGCGCUCUCUGACAAGCAAGCUCCUUGCAUUGCUGCAGCUUUUGCAAUGGGCGAGAGCAACAUGGCGGGCCUCGGGUCCGUGGCCCUCAACGGGUCGUCACCCAAGAAGGUCGCCUACUUUUACGAUUCCGACAUUGGCAACUACGCCUAUGUCACCGGCCAUCCCAUGAAGCCGCACCGCAUUCGACUGGCCCACAGCUUGAUUAUGCAGUACGGCCUGUACCAGAAGAUGGAGAUUUACCGCGCCAAACCGGCCACUCGCGGCGAAAUGACCCAGUUCCAUACCGACGACUACAUCGACUUUCUCCAAAAGGUCACGCCAGACAACAUGGACAGCUACAUGAGGGAGCAGGGCAAAUACAACGUCGGCGACGACUGUCCCGUAUUUGAUGGCCUUUUCGAGUUCUGCGGCAUCAGUGCCGGCGGCAGUAUGGAGGGCGCAGCGCGUCUGAACCGGCAAAAGUGCGACAUCGCCAUCAACUGGGCCGGAGGCCUGCACCACGCCAAGAAGUGCGAAGCCAGCGGCUUCUGCUAUGUGAAUGAUAUUGUCCUCGGUAUCCUCGAGCUUCUUCGAUUCAUGAAGCGCGUGCUCUACAUCGACAUUGACGUUCACCACGGCGACGGCGUCGAAGAGGCCUUUUACACCACCGACCGUGUCAUGACCGUGUCAUUUCACAAAUACGGCGAAUACUUCCCCGGUACCGGCGAGCUCCGCGACAUUGGCAUUGGACAGGGCAAGAACUACGCUGUCAACUUCCCGCUCCGCGAUGGCAUCACCGACGAGUCGUACAAGUCCAUCUUUGAGCCGGUUAUUGAGAACGUCAUGAAGUACUUCCAGCCCGAGGCCGUUGUCCUGCAAUGCGGUGGCGACAGUCUGUCUGGCGAUCGCCUGGGAGCCUUCAACCUGAGCAUGGACGGCCACGCCAACUGCGUCAACUUCGUCAAGAGCUUCAACCUACCCACUCUGGUUCUCGGCGGCGGUGGCUACACCAUGCGCAAUGUUGCCCGAACCUGGGCGUUUGAGACCGGUGUUCUGGUUGGCCAGGAGAUGGACCGGGCUCUGCCAUACAAUGAGUACUAUGAGUACUAUGCUCCCGACUUUGAACUCAACGUGCGAGCGUCCAACAUGGAGAACUCAAACAGCCGGGAGUACCUGGAGAAGAUCACCGCUGCUGUGAUUGACAACCUGCGCCAUACUGGCCCUGCCCCCUCUGUCCAGAUGCAGGACGUCCCUCGCAAGCCCUUUGGUGGAAUGACGGAUGAGGAGGAGGCCGAGCUAGAUGACCUCGAUGAAGACGAGAACAAGGACGUCCGAAUGUCGGAGCGGCAGUGGGACAAGCACGUGGAGAACGGAGCCGAAUUCGAUGCCAGCGAUGAUGAGGACAUGGCCGCCGAGAACGGAAAGACCCGC